CAAUGCACCUGGCGUCAAAUAUCACUUAAUACUGUUCCUACUUUCCAUAUUACAUACAAUAACAGUGUCCGAAACCUGCAGAAAUCACAGCAAUAUAUAGAAACUAAUCACUUCUCGCUAUAAUGGAAAGUGAGUGGACUGGGGGUAGGUUAGAAAAUGAUUCCAACAAGAGAUAGGGGAUGUAUUGCUUCUCAUCAUCCAUCAAGAACCCUUAAAGCCAUAUGCGGUCCGUCUAGACUUUUCUCCCGAUCAUGCAUUAGAAAGGUGUGUCUGCCGGCUGCUGCAGUGCAUGGUAAUCACUGUGUGUCCCGCAUGGCUGCUGCAGUGCAUGGUAAUCACUGUGUGUCCCGCAUGGCUGCUGCAGUGCAUGGUAAUCACUGUGUGUCCCGCAUGGCUGCCGUGUCGUUCGCCAGACACCUGGAAAGUUCCGCGGUGCAAUGCCAGGCUCGUUUCCUGUGUCCUGAUCGGACAGCAGCGGGAAUAAGAGGGUAUUGAUUUCACUGUGUCCUAGCCACACGAGGCGUUUUUUUUUCUUUCCUUUUUUCUUUUUUGUCCCCUCCCAUACUGCACCAGUGCUUCCCUGUGCAGUACCGCAGUGCCGGCUAUCCUCUGCAGUCACUGUGUCAGCUGGCCAGGGAGCAGCUCCUGUAGCUGCAGCAGCUCUGCGAUCGGAGAGAAGAAGGGGUGGGGGGGAAGCGAGUGAGGGGGAAGAGAGAGAGAAGGAGGGAGGCCUUGAAAGACAAAGCCAUGCGGGCUAGGGUUGCGGCAGCCCCCUGCAAAUUCUAAACCUCUGAGGCGCCUGGAGUUUGAGGCUGGGCCUGGGGCCCCGCGGCCCGACACCAUUGCAGCCAGGCUCAGGAAAGCCGCCUUGACCACCUUCAGGUCCAUCGCCAUGCCGCGGGUAGAUGUCGACCUCAAGCUGGACUUCAAAGACGUCCUACUGCGACCCAAACGGAGCAGCCUGAAGAGCCGCCUGGAGGUGGACCUGCAGAGAACAUUCACGUUCCGAAAUUCCCAGCAGCAGUACCAUGGCAUCCCCAUCAUUGCAGCCAACAUGGACACCACUGGCACGUUUGAGAUCGCACAAGCACUGUGUAAACACACCCUCUUCACAGCUGUGCAUAAACACUACUCCGUAGAGGACUGGGAGGCCUUUGCAGACAGGUGUCCAGAAUGUUUGGAGCAUGUUGCAGUCAGCUCUGGCAGCAGCCAGGCAGACUUUGAGAAGCUGUGUACCAUCCUGAAGGUCGUGCCCGCCAUCAAGUACAUCUGCCUGGACGUGGCCAAUGGGUACUCGGAGCACUUUGUUGAAUUUGUCAAGACCGUCCGGGGCAAGUUCCCCAACCAUACCAUCAUGGCUGGAAAUGUGGUAACCGGGGAGAUGGUGGAGGAGCUGAUUCUCUCGGGGGCUGACAUCAUUAAAGUAGGCAUCGGGCCAGGUUCUGUUUGCACAACCCGCAUCAAGACCGGGGUUGGAUACCCCCAACUGAGCGCCAUCAUUGAAUGUGCAGACUCAGCUCACGGCUUAAAGGGACACAUCAUUUCGGACGGAGGCUGUAGCUGCCCAGGUGAUGUAGCCAAAGCAUUUGGGGCGGGGGCAGAUUUUGUAAUGCUGGGAGGAAUGCUGGCGGGACAUGACCAGUGUGCGGGCGACGUCAUUGAGAAGAAUGGCAAGAAGGUGAAGCUCUUCUACGGGAUGAGCUCCGACACAGCCAUGAAGAAGUACAUGGGGAGAGUGGCAGAGUACAGGGCAUCCGAGGGCAGGACAGUAGAGGUGCCCUAUAGGGGCGACGUGGAGAACACCAUCCUGGAUAUCCUGGGGGGGCUGCGCUCCACCUGCACCUAUGUGGGGGCCACAAAGCUGAAGGAGCUGAGCCAACGGACGACCUUCAUCAGGGUCACUCAGCAGUCGAGUAACAUGUUCUGCUAGUCAGUGCCCUCACGCCCAGCAGCUCCCACACUCCACUCCCAGCGUGACCCACACCACAGAUUUUGGGGCAGAUGAAUGGCCAUUUUUGUACAGUCCUCAGAUCAUUCACUUUCUCUUUACACUCGGCGCCAAGUACACAACGUGACCUGUGCUGUGAAACAGGUUUAUUUUGGUACAGGCGUCUGUUCAAUCUGACAAAGCCAUAGUUUGGUAUCACAGCAAAUCGUCUGUAUUUCACUCAGGACUCCUGUGUUGAAUGUAAGUAAACUCAGACUAUAGAGAGAUUUGCAUGUCCCUUAGCUGUUCAGCUGACAAUGCAAAAUGGAAAAGCUCGCUCUAUGUUAGCACCAGAAUAUAGAAUUUGUCUCGGACACAAGCAGAAUUCUGAAUGUGGCCAAUGUAUGUAGAGGCAGGUCUUAUACUACCAUGCGCAUGACUUCACUGAUACAAAACUUGAAUCGAAAAGAUUCUGAACAAUGUUUCAGGUGGUUUGGUUUUCAGCUGUCAUAUUCCCUGGCUAGUAACAGUGUUACAUUUCCAUAAGGGGGGAGAAAGGGGAAUGCUCGUAGGGGUCCAGACACUAGGAGCCCCAUGAGUGUGCAAGCAUGGAUAAUGGUAGCAUUGGUUCAGAUAUGAGGCCCUGCCAUGACUUUGUGUGGCCCUGUAUCGGGUAUCACUUUAAAGGAUUUGAGUUAAAAUAUCAUGUAUGAAGUGAUAAUGAACCAAUAAGUGUCAUUUCCAUUAUUAUGUGAUGACUCAGUAGAACUACAAAAUGUGCUGUUAAUGCAGUGACUUUAUGAACGGCUGAACAGACAGUUAUGUCUCCGCCUAGUGGUGACUAGUGGUUGUACCUCCGAGUAAUUUACACACCAUUUUUUCCACCUUCAGUACCAAACUUUCAUUAGUUACACAUCUUAGCAGUGCAGUUCUGCAAGAGGAAUUAAUCUUUCAGCUGCCUUUGCAUGAUGUUGCGUUUCAGCGUGCUGUGAUAAAUUGCUUUCUGCCAAAGAACAAGUUGCAGAGAUUAUAUAGGUUUGGCUUUUGUUUCUGACAGAGGGUCUAUGUAUGGAAACUGUUUGGAAAUUAAAGGCAAAACUAAA